AUGUCAUUUGUUGCCCAUGAAAUCCCUUCCCUAUUUGCAAUCACACCAGCAGUAAAGUGCCACGAGCAGUUUGUGAGGUGGGAAGCUGUCGAGGAGCAUCAUCUUUCCAAACACGCCGUUACCGAGCUCGCAGAAGGCGAUUCGUCUCGAAAAAUAGUUGAGAUCAUAUGUCGGGCCAGCACAGCCCGGAUCGAAAACCCUCGCGGUGGUGGGAUCGAAAGGAUCCUCAAAGUCCACAACAUGCAGAAAACGCUUGCCCAAUUCGAAGAGUAUCGUGAACUCGUGAAGAUCAAAGCCAGCAAGCUCUCGAAAAAACACCCUCGUUGCCUCGCAGACGGCAACGAGCUCCUAAGAUUUCACGGGGCGUUCUUGGAGUGUUCUCUCGGCACGAAAGGCUCGUGCAGCCUCUGUAAAUCCGAAAACUGCCGAGUGUGCCGUAUUUUGAGGUACGGGUUCUCGACCAAGAAGGAGCUGACAGGUGGCGUAGGGGUGUUCACGGCCUCGACUAGCGCGCGGGCUUUUGAGUCGAUACAAGGGCCCGAUUGUGGUGUGGGCCCACGAAAGGCGUUGAUUGUUUGUAGGGUUAUAGCUGGAAGGGUUCAUAGGCAGCUCGAGAAUAUACAGGAGAUGGUGGGGCAAACCGGGUUCGACUCGCUGGCCGGGAAAGUCGGAGUUCAUUCGAACAUUGAGGAGCUUUAUUUGCUCAGCCCAAGGGCUUUGCUGCCUUGUUUUGUGGUGAUUUAUAAAAGCUAA